UGCACUACAUUCUCUCAGACACCAGCGCUGUGUGCUCAGGUGUGUUGAAAAGCUUCUGCUCCUUCUGACUCUCUGCAGGGUGGAAAGAUGUCAGAGGCCAGUAGGACCCAAAGAGAGGAAUCUGGAGAAGUAACGAUAAAUAUUCCCAAAAAUUUCCAUCAUAGUUUAAUUGUUGUUUCUACUUUACUGAAACUAAGGAACGUACAAUGAUUUUAUAAGCCGUGAUUUUCUGUGACCUCUUGUGCAGAUCUACAAUAAGUGUAAGUACAAAAGAACACGGUCGAAUCAGUUACACAAAAUGGUUACACUGAUAAAUGGACUGCUAUAUUAUUCCUGCCUUGCAUCUGAUACUUCGUAAAAGUAGCAUUUCUUUAUAUGAUCUCAUAAUGUGAAACAAACAUCAGUCGUCCAUAUUUAUAUUUUCAUCUUUAUCAUUACAGGAGUGUGACAAUACAAGUGGGGCUACAGUAUGAUUGUCUGCUAAGUGUAAAGCACACAAAAAAACAUGGAGCUGCGAUGUAGAGACACCAGUUCGCCCAGACAGAACAUGGGAGAACAUGCAAACUCCACACCAAGUGUGCUCCAGGCCGUUGUGAGACACUGCACGAAUCCCCACAACAAGGGACCAGAAAGAACGCUUCGUGACAGAAAAAGGCAUCCAGGAAACAGGAAACAAGAACAGAAACUGCUUUACUUGUUUCUGAACCUCCUGGCCUUGUGUGUCUGCUGCGGUGGAGUCACACCUGAGAAAAAUUCCAGAACCUGCGACAGCAAAGACAAGACCUCAGCUCCAGUGACCCCCCCCACUCCUGCCACCUCAACUUCUACAAACUCUGAUGUAAAGACACCCCCCAGCCCCCUCCAAGUCUCACAGUCUGAGGACUGUGAUUUGAACGAUGGAUGUGAUUCGAACAAGCAAGCGGAACCGACUGUGAUUCAGCCUAACGAUUCCAGCUGCAAAAAUCUGUGGAAAAGCCACAAGCCCACUCCAGUGACAGACCCUGUCUCUGCAGUACAUGAAGACCCUGAAAAAGGACACACAACUCCGGUUGAACAGUUUCCAGGGCCAGUGUCACCAGAGGCUCCACGGGCUAAUGAGAGACCCCCAACCACGAAGUGGGCUGAUGUUCCUGUCAAGAAGCCCAUCAGACCAGUUACUGCACCCCCUCCAAUAGACUGGCAGCUUCCAGGAGUGCCCAUUCCUUCCCCCACCUCCUGGCAAGAGGAUGGCGAGGAAGAUGCUGACAGUGAGAAGGUGAACAUGGUUUCGAGUUCUCAGACACAAGAAGAGCUUCGUGUCUCCCAGAAGUCUCUCAGCAGCACGGACUCUUCUGAGGAGGGCUCAUACGUCCUGUGGGCUGAUGUCAACUCAGAGGAAACAGAGCUGUGAAAGAAACACGUGUUUUAAAAAUAGUCAAUAAAAGCAU